AUGCUUGUCCUUGACAUAAUUUAUGUUAAAAAGAAUGACUCAGACGGCACAUACACCAUGCAUGCUUUUAGAAAUGAACUAGAGUAUGACACAAAUUUUAUUAAAGUUAUUGUAGUGACUGGAUUAACCAAUGAGAAGAUACCAGUUAUUAAUGGAACCUUAUAUAGCAGGAAAGUCACGUUUGGCACUAAUUUACCAGGCCCUAAGAUUGGCCACAACACUUGGUCUCAGGAGGGCACUUACAGGACAGGUGUUUGUGCACAGUUACCUCAGUCGGCAUAUUUUGCUCUACAACUGCCAUACUCUAUAUUUGGGCUUGAUCGGACUCCAAAUUUUGUUGAUACUUUAUCCAUUGGACUGUCUGGUUACUCCAAAAGCUGGACUCAGAUUAUUCCCAAUUCUCAAAUAGUAGUUAUACCUUCCCCACCUUAUGACCCUUCUCAAUGGAAGGCUCGAUUAUUUGUUACACCCAGCAAAGUUAUUCUUAAAAGCGUUUUUGUCCUCACUGCCAUCAUUAUUGUAAUAACAGGGCUUGUACUGUAUUUACAUUGGAAAGAAAGAAAUGAUAGGCAAGAUGUGAUAGAGAUUGAUGAAAAGACUUAUGUUAAAAUAUAAAAUAGUUCAUAUUAGAAUCAAACUCCACUAAUAUUCAAAACUAUCUUCUUUUACAAUACAAUAAAAACACCUUUUCUUCUUUAGAACUACAAUAAAAUUCUCUUAUAA